CGAGGACAUCUGCUGCGGCAGAGCCCGGGGCCGCAGCAGCCUCUGCUCCUCUGCUCCUCUGCUCUGCCCCCCAUGGGGCUCUGAGCGCCCCGGUGCACCCAGGGCCGCCCCCGGCCCCAGUUCCAGGGCACCAUGGCUCAGGACAUGACCGAGAAGGAGCUGCUGAAGAUGGAGCUGGACCAGCUGAAGAAGGAGGUGAAGAACGAGAGGCAGAUGGUCUCCAAGACGGGCAAGGAGAUCAAGGAGUACAUCGAGUCCAUGGCGGGCGAGGACCCGCUGCUCAAGGGCGUGCCCGAGGACAAGAACCCCUUCAAGGAGAAGGGGGGCUGCACCAUCAGCUGAGCCCCGGCCGCGGGCAGGCCCCGCUGCCCCUCCAGCCGGGACCCAACCCAGCGGGAGCAGAGAAAGAAGAACGGAAAAAAGCACGAACACAGCAAAACCAAAAAAAAAA